GCGGCCGAAACCCAGGGAUCCUAAGCAGCUGGCGCGCCUCGCCGUCGCUGUGCGCGGCCCCGAUGGGCCCCUCGGCGCCGACCGCCGAGACGACGCAGCCCUACCCCGUCUCCGCCAUCUCGGUGCCCGAGGAGCCGGUGGAGCUCGGCCAGGAGACCGCCGGCAGCGCGGACGGCUCUGCCAGCGCGAGCCUGACGCCGCCCGAUGCGGAGCCGUCUGCCGAGACGACGCAGGUCGCCUCCAUCAUGCGGAGCAUGUCGUGGGGCUCCUCGCUCCACCAGGCGGGCGGCCUCGUCGAGCCGCCGCGGCCGUCCGAGGCUGGCCAGCCGGCGGGCCAGCACAGCCUCGUCAGCGAGCUGCACGCUCGAGCGGCGGCACAGGCGGCGGCGGCGAUCGGCCUCUCGCCGUCGGCGGCGAUGGCGGCGUCGCACAUGCUGCCCGACAUGCAGUCGACCGCGCAGGCCGCGCUCACCAUCUCCUCCAUGGCGCCGGUGCAGCUGGUGGCGGCCGAGGUGGCAGCGGGCAAGGCGGCCGAGUCGCAGCUGCUGGUGCUGGACGACGGCGGGGUGCUGCCGGGCGAGGAGGGGGGGGAGCCGGCGGCGGGCGAGCAGGCCUUCACCUGCACCGUCUGCCGCAAGGUCUUCAAGCGCGAGAUGAACCUCAUAUUCCACAUGACCACCCACCGCUUUGUCGUCAAGGAGGACCUCACCAUGCACAUGAAGAGUUGCGGAAACAUCUACCUCUGCAAGUGCGGCAUCCGCCUCUGCUCGCUCGGCGCGCUCAAGCGCCACUGCAAGUACUUUUCGCACGAGCCAGAGUCGCUCGAGCCGCGGCCAGACCCGUCAGUCAGCCGGCAGGGCGCGCCGCCCUCCCCUACCCCACGGCAGCAGCUCGCUCUCGCCGCGGCGCCGGACGCCGCGCAGCAGCUCCCCGCCGGUGCCCUCUCCGGCCUUGACGGCGCGUCCGCCUUCCUGUACCCGACCGCCGCAGCGCUCAAGGCGGCGAUGGCUGGCGGCGCAACCUUCGCGCCCGAGGGAGGCGCGGGGCCGUCUCUCUCCUCGCUCGGGCCUCCCGACCUGCACGGGCUGCAGGCAAAGCGGCCGAAGCUGGAGGCGUGA